GUUGGCGGUUCUCACGGGGCAACCCCCGACAGCUGUUUGUUAGAAGACCCCAGUCCAUGAUAGCUCAUGGUGAGUGGGUCUAAGAGUCAGUCUGUGAUUUGUUCACAAAAUGCUGACUGGCGAUCGGCUAAAAGAUCCUUGUCGCCUUCUCCACCAGGCUGAUCGAGAGAGUUACGCUAGAUCCGUGUCCAGCCCUUGGGGGAACAGACAUUUCAGUGUUACACAAUGGCUUUCAAUGUCCCCAGCCCAAUCUGUCGAGUCGAAUGCGGAGUUGAGAGAUUCAAGGCAUACUUUGUGUGCGUUUAUUGUGCUUGUCAUUGUGCGAAGCGCGCCAAACCCCUCGCCCCCCAGGUCUGCGACAGUACUUGAGCCCCGAAGCUACACUAAACCACGAAAAGAUAUGUCGCUUUGCGUGCCUGCGCACAUGACCCGAUCUCGCCCAAGUAAUGUCACAAGUUCCCUCCGUUGCAAACUGCGGCUAGCACUUUCUGCCGGUACGCUCUCCGUCCGCCAAUGGUCGUGGUCGCAUCAAGGUGUGCUGAGGAGGAGAUUUUGGCUUUGUGACUCACUCGACACACCCUCAUGGGGUGGGAGAACGGACACUCCACCCUACGCGGGGUAUGAUCGCCAAAAAGGGUCUUCCAGGAAGAGGAAGAAGGCGAAGCACGAAGCGCGAAGUACUUUGGCCUUGUGAGUGGUGUUUGAGAUUGUCGAGUUUCGACCUAGCUAUGAGGCAACAGACCGGUGUGAGGGGGGUUAUAUAGCUAACGAGAGUUGAGUACAGCUAUUCCUGGUCGAAGUUGCAG